CCUAAAAUCUCACUGCUAAAGCUUUUUCUUGCUCACUAUUUUUCACUGCUCAACUUUAGUUCCAUGGAUGCUGAAUGGUACAAUGCAGCAGCUAAAGGCCAAAUCGACAAAUUCAAAGAUUAUACAAAGCCUCUAGAUCUUUUGCGUACCCCAAACAAAAAUACAGUCCUACAUGUUUACAUCACUGCAGUAAAAAAGGAACCGGAAGAAUCCAUUGAAUUUGUGGAACUAGUUGAGAGCAAAUGUCCAUCGCUGCUAGCUGAGCCCAACAUCAAAGGCGAAACUCCGCUGCACAUUGCAGCAAGGUUUGGGCGCAAAAAUAUAGUCGAAUUCCUUAUUCAAAGCAUCAAGAAGGCUCAAAACGAAGACCUUGAGAGAGGUGCAGAGGCGUCAACAAGUGAUAAGAUGCUGAAGAAGACAAGCACAGAUGAAGACACAGCCUUACAUGAGGCAGUGAGAAAUAAUCAUCCUCAAGUGGUGGAAAUAUUGAUUAGAGAAAAUCCUGAAUUUGCGAACAUAGUAAAUGCCGCCAAAGAAAGCCCGCUUUACCUUGCAGCGGUGAGAGAGAACAAUAACAUUGCCUGUAAGAUAUUGGAGAUAUGUCCCUCACCGGCAUACAGCGGUCCCAAUGGUAAAACAGCUUUGCACGAAGCUGUGAUAAGUCGAGAUGAAGAUUUGACAAGAAAAAUACUGGACAAAAGCAACAGUCUGACCAAAGAACAAGACAAUGAAGGACGGACUCCACUGCAUUAUGCUUCCUACUUCAAUCUUCCUGCAAUUGUGCAAAUGUUACUAGAAGGUGAUAAUAAAUCUGCCGCAUAUAUUGGCGAUAAUGAUGGAAAGACACCUCUUCAUAUUGCAAUUAUCUGCGGCAAAAGCCAUUUAAUGGUGGUGGAAAAAAUUAUGUCAGAUUGCCCAGAUUGCAGCGAGCUGGCUGACAAUGAAGGCAAGAAUGUUCUCCAUUUUGCUGUGGAAAGCGGCAAUUUUAAAGGAGUGCAAAUUAUUACCGAAGAACCUUCCCUGGCCAACCUAAUUAAUCAGAAAGAUAAAGAAGGGAACACUCCAGUCCAUCUAGCUGCUGCUUUUGGCUUUGAAAGUCUUACAGAACACCAUCUAGUUGAUAAAAAGGCCGUCAACAAUGAAAAUUUAACCGCUCUGGACGUGGUGCUAGAAACGAAGGAUGAAACCUAUGAGCUAUUGGGAUAUACAGCAAGAAAACUAAGGCGGGCUGGAUAUGAACAAGGUCGGCCUUUAAUCCAGCUGAGAGCAAGAGAACAACAUAAAAUCACCGAUGAGUCAAUCUCUGAACUCAAGAAAGUGAGUAAAUCCCAUCAGAUAGUAGCCACCCUCAUAGCAACAGUAACUUUUACGGCAGGUUUCACCUUACCCGGCGGUUACAAUCAAGAUGGCCCCGGCAAAGGAACCACAAUUUUAACUAGAAGAUCAGCAUUCAAAGCUUUCCUUAUAACCGACACCCUUGCAUUGGCCCUCUCCAUUUCCGUUGUGCUUAUCCACUUCUUGUUGACACUGUCACGAAACAAGAGAAAGUUCUUUUAUCUGUUCUUUUGGGCAUUUGUUUUCACUAUUGUUGCCAUGAUAUUAAUGAUGGUGGCAUUCAUGGCAGCUGUGUAUGCAGUGAUGCCGCAUUCCUCAUCUGGUCUUAGGGCUGCCAUUUGUGUCAUCGGAAGUUGUUUAGCCUUAUUGUGUUUCUGCAUGCUCAAGGUUACGUUGCCUGAAAUUUGACAUUGUGGUUCAAACUUACUUUUUAAAAAUAUUAUUAUUUUUUGAAAAAUUCUUAUGUGGUUAAGGGUGUAUAUAUAUUCUAUUAAUAGAAAGUGAAUAAACAAUUAUUUCAAGUAAGUCAUACUAUAAUAGUAGAUAAAUUCACCAUGAUUUAUACAAUGUCACAUGUGUAAAUUAGUUGGAUGCAUAUAUAAAGAUAA